AAAAAAUCCUCAAAUUCUAAAAAUUAUGUGCAAAUGCUGAAGUUGUGAAAAAAAAAUGUUAUAAUGUGAAAAUUAUCAAAAUUUUUCCAAAUACGAAAAAAAACUGUUCGAAUUAAAAAGCCGAAAAAUUGGUUAAAAAAUCAUAGUAAUGAGAUAAAGCAUUGCCAAUACAAGGAAUAGAAUUUAGUAGUGUAGUAUUCUAGUGUGACAUUUAAAUAUUUGACAAAAUAUUUCAAGCAAUCAUGGAUAUUUUACCCAGUGGAAGUAUUUUUCGAGAACUACAAGAUAUCCAGGAUUUUGGAUAUUUUUCAUCUCAAUCAUCCAUUGAGGAUCAAUGGCAACAGACAUGCUAUGAAAUGGAUCGCUACUUAAAAGAUGAACCAAAAAAGAAAAACUUCAAAUCUGAAUCAGGAGACUUAACGCCUUGGGAAUUUUUAACGUCUGGAAGACCAUUAACUGGUUCAUGGAGUGUAAAAGUCGAUCAAUUAUGUUUCGAAGAGCUUUUAAACGAUAGAAAUUUAGAUACACUGUCAAUGAGCUCUUCAUCUUCAACAUGCUCAGGGAAAUCGUGGGAUAGCUCAAUUAGUUGUUCGUUAUUGGUUAAAAACGAAAGAAUUGAAGAUGAUUAUGACGACUCGGAUAGCAAUGAUGAAAAAUUGAUGAGCUGUAGCAACAUUCACAAUAAUUAUAAUAAUCAUAAUAAUAUUACCAAAAUUUUUCAAAAAAAUAAUAGUAAAAGUAAUAUCAACAACAAUAAUAGUUUUAGUUCUAACAAAACUAUUCAAGUUAUCAAAGGCUCAAAUAAAAUUUCAAAUUCAACAAUCGAAUUAGUAAUCACAAGAUCACCGCCAUCAUCACCGUUAGUAACAAAUCAACUUUCAGGAACAACUCUUUCAACCAUGUUGAUGCCUGCCGCUUUACAAUCGGGACAAAAUCAUGAAACUUUAACACCACCAUCAUCACCUGAAUCUAGUAGUAAAUGUAGUAAUAGCAAAAAUUUAACUUUAAGAGAAAUGGAACCUGAACAACUAGCAUUAAUAGAAAAUCAGGGUAUUUUUAGAGUGUCAUCAAAUGGCACAACAUUGACACGUAAUACUAUUGUACGACUAUCAAACACAAAAAAUUCAUUUGGUGUAACAAAAAUUCUCCAAAUGAAUCCUAAUUUUCAUUCGACAAUCGCACAAUCUGGAAAAAACAAUGGACAGGGAACUAAUUCAUCUCAUUCAGUUUUGACAUCUACAACAUCACUUAAACAAUCACAACGACAUCAAGACCAUAGUCCUGAUUCAAGACGUCGAAUUCACAAAUGCCAGUUUCUUGGGUGCAAAAAAGUUUAUACAAAAAGUUCUCAUUUAAAAGCACAUCAAAGAACUCAUACAGGUGAAAAGCCGUAUAAGUGCAGUUGGGAAGGAUGCGAAUGGCGUUUUGCGCGAAGUGACGAACUUACCCGACAUUAUCGCAAGCACACUGGAGCUAAACCAUUCAAGUGCCGUCAUUGUGAACGUUGCUUCUCACGGAGUGAUCAUUUAGCGUUGCAUAUGAAACGUCAUAUAUAAAGAAUAUGAAAUUGUUUUUAUAUUACCUCCAAGAAAAGGUUUUAUUUUUUUCUUUACAUUAUCUUUGAUGUAAUUUUACAACAAAGAUUAGUUCUUAAAAUUUUAAUACAAACUUUGUUCUUUUCAUAACAAUCAAUCAAUUUUAUUGAAAAAAGUUAAACAGAA